AUGGCACUGGUAGGUGGACAACCUUUACCAAAUCUAUCUGAUUUGUCUUCUGGCGCCAUCCUGGACUUUCUAACUUGUUUGACCUCUAUCGUUUCCAUAGCCUUCAACGCUGAUGAUGGAAAAGACGAUAAUAAUUCUGCGAGAUAUCCUGUUCCUACCCGAAUGAGGGAACAAAUUACAAAUGUUACAGAAAUGGUCAAACAGAAAGUCGGUGUAUAUAUGGCACUUGUCGGUGCUAUACACGCCAGUUCAUUUCUUAGUAUACGGGAUGAAGUAGCCCUUAAAGGAGAUUUUGGUAAACAUCCUCUUACUCCACUCCGUCUACUAUGUCAAGUCAAGCAUCCUGACACAAUUUUAGGAUAUCCUGCAAUGGUGGAAUACUUGGUUGACAAGUACGCAACAAUUUGGGAUAUACCGCAUAUUCCAGGCGCAUGUUUCUCCGAUGAGACGACUUCCGAACCCGUGUCCCUUGGUUUAUUACUCUCUGUACUGAAACGUGUUUUAGCGUUUUCACUCAACCCGUUUACUUUCACACAAGGGAUGAUGGCUCAGUUUCAAACCAUUUUGAGUGAUUUUCAUUCGCUGUGUUCUAGUAGAUCACAACUGUCGAAUUUUUUUCGAACAUGGGCUACAAUCAAUAUAAAACAAGUACGUUACUUCUCAACAUGCCCAUUGCCUGUGGAAGUUAUACCUCGUAAACGUUCAAGGGAAAUCUCUGUUGAGGGUGAUCAGGCAAAGAGGUGCUGUACUGAAAAUCCUUCAAUUACGAAUGAGUUGGAAACAGAAGAGCGCUAUACAACGGAAAGGACUACGAGUGAUCAGCAAUCUACAGCUCCUGUUACUAAUGUAAAAAUGAAAGAUCCCAAAAAUGUUGCACUAACGUCGAAUCGGUACGUGAAAUGGUGUCCUGGAACGCACUUCGUUCGUAUAAAGGAGAAAGGAGAGGUUGAAAAUGUCAAUGCAAUUGUAAAUGCUCAUUUUAAAAUGAAAACUAAGGAGACAGAUUUUUCAAUGGAAUUACACAAGAACGCGACCAAGUAA